UUGCUCCGUGCGUGUGAGAAAAGGAAGAAAGGAGGGGAGCCUACGGUAAAGUGCUGCUGGGUAGUACUGAGGGUACGGGGCAGUUUUUGUUAUUAUUGUUCAUACACUGCCCAUUUCCACCUCUCCUAUCCUGGCGAAAGUUUAAACGGUUAAAAUGGAGGCGGACAGAUCCGGCGGAGGACCAAACCCGAACUCCGGAGGCGGCGGCAGUAGCAGCGGAGCGGGGCGCAACCCAAACGGGCCCAAAGCAGCACCGGGCCAGGCGACAUCAGCUGCGGCGACCGGGGCGAUGGCAGCGGCGGCAGCAGCAGCAGCAGGAUCGUCGCAGGGUCGGGAGCUGCAGGACGGGGACUCCGCUAUGACGCUUCCUGGGAUCCUGCACUUCAUCCAGUACGAGUGGGGACGGUUCCAGGCCGAGAAAUACCGCUGGGAGGCGGAGAGAGACGAACUCAGGGCUCAGGUGGCGUUCCUUCAGGGUGAGAGGAAAGGGCAGGAAAAUAUGAAACAGGACCUGGUGAGGCGGAUCAAAAUGCUGGAGUAUGCCCUCAAACAAGAGAGGGCUAAGCACCAGAAGUUGAAGACAGGAAAUGACCAGAGUCCUGGUGACAAAAAAACAGAGACAGAAGCUGAGCCAAUUCCCAAUGGGCCAGCUGAGUCAGAUUCAGAGCCAGUCAAUCAGAUGUCCUGGAAGGAAGGACGUCAGCUACUACGCAGAUAUCUGGAGGAGGUGGGUUAUUCAGACACUAUCCUGGACAUGCGGUCUAAGCGUGUGCGGUCCCUGCUCGGGCGAAGCAGUCCGGAAGCCAACGGACCCCCAGCCAGUGAAACCUGCACCGAGCCGGAGCCUCAGACAGGUGGAGAGUCGUUGCUGGUCAGACAGAUUGAGGAGCAAAUCAAGAGGAAUGCUGGCAAGGAAAGCUCUAAGGAGCGUCUCGGCAGCUCGGUGCUGGAUAAGAUCCCCUUCCUGCAUGGCUGCGAGGAUGACGAUGAAGAUGACAGUGACGAGGAAGACGACUUCCAAGGCAUGGCAGCUGACUGCAUCGAUGGACCACGCAAGAACAAAAAGUCACGUGUAAAGAUGGGAACGGAGCCCAUGACCACAGACCUGGACCCAGAGGAUGAGGAAGACGAAGAUGACUCAGAAGAUGCCCUCGGAGAAUUCGACUUCCUGGGCUCAGGGGAGGAUGGGGAGGGGGCAGGGGAGGCACGGAUCUCGGGGGACGGACGGGAGUUAGAGAACCACAGGAACAAGUUACAAGGCAUGAUGUCGGACUUCCCCCCUAAACCUGCCCCGCCCCCUUCCGUAUCAGGACAAGCUCGACCCUGUGAAGGUGGCGCCCUGGGCUUUUCCUCUGACGUCUUCAUCAUGGAUGCUGUUGGAGGAGGGGACAUGAACCUUGGUGAACUGGCUGAUCUCACUGUUGCCAAUGACAACGAUCUGUCUAUGGAUAUGCAGGAUAACAGAGAGGAGUUUAAGAAGACGUGGAACCCACGCUUCACACUACGCAGCCAUUUUGAUGCCAUCCGCGCUUUGACCUUUCACCCCAGCCAAGCGGUGCUGCUCACAGCCUCGGAGGAUGGGACACUGAAGCUGUGGAACCUCAACAAGGCCAUGCACUCUAAAAAGAACGCAGCUUUGGAUGUUGAGCCCAUUUAUACGUUCAGAGCACACAGUGGAGCUGUUUUGUCACUGACCAUGGGUGAGGAUGGGGAAUCCUGCUUCAGUGGAGGUCUAGAUGGAACCGUCAGGUGUUGGAAGAUGCCAGAUCUCAAUGUGGAUCCUUAUGAUAACUAUGAUCCCGGCAUUGAGAGCAGUGUACUAGCAGGCCAUGAGGACAGUGUCUGGGGUCUGACCUACUCAGCAGUUCACCACCGUCUUGCUUCAUGCUCGGCUGAUGGCACCAUUCGCAUCUGGGACCCUCAGAACUCGGCUCCCUGCCUGUCUGUCUUCAAUAAGGAGAGAGAGCGUGGAACACCCACCUCGGUGGCCUUUGUGGCUGUUGACCCCAACCAGGUGGUGGUUUCAUUUGAUGGCGGCGAGACAUUGCUCUAUGACCUUAACACAGAGCAGAGCAUCACUGCGCUAGAGACACAGACCAAGGAUGGCAGUGAGCUGAUCAACAGAGUGGUCAGUCAUCCGUCUGAGUCUGUCUCCAUCACUGCUCAUGAAAACCGCACCAUCCGCUACCUAGACAAUAAGACGGGUAAAGUUGUCCACUCAAUGGUGGCUCAUCUGGAUGCAGUCACUUGUCUUACUACAGACCCUAAAGGCACUUACCUCAUCUCUGGCAGCCAUGACUGCUCGGUGCGUCUGUGGAUGCUGGACAACAGGACAUGUGUGCAGGAGAUCACAGCCCACAGGAAGAAGCACGAUGAGGCUAUUCAUGACGUGGCCUUCCACUCCUCUCAGCCGUUCAUUGCCAGUGCUGGAGCAGAUGCACUUGCCAAGAUAUUUGUGUGACAGCGCUGUUGUCAUCCUGAGUCCUAUAACCACAACUGGGCCAAAGGAGUGGAUAAACUUCACCUACCUACACACACACACACACACACACACUGUCCUGCGCCCUGCCGGCUGGGUCACCACCACAGGACAUCACCUCCCCUCGAUUCCUCACUGUUCUCUGAUGCCUCACUGACUUCUUGUAAUACUAAUCACACAUGUUUUUUCAACUUUAACUGCGCUGUUUUCAACAACAACAAAAAAGAGAAAACGUAUGUCUGGAGUAACACUUUUUCUACACUACAGUAUUGUUCAGCUUUUUUUCCACCCCUCAGCCUGCCAGUGGUUUUUGCAAAGCACCAUUUGUGUGUGAACUGCUGACAAACUUAACAGAAAACCACAGUGGAAACACUCCCAGUGCACACAACACACAAAUGCUUGGUUGCAUUCGAGUUUUUUUUUUUUUUUUUUUUAAAUCGCUGCAAACUUGUUUAUCUAUGAUACUCAUACUGUACGGAGGCAUGAUUUAAACAGUAAGACAGAAACACCUGACCAACCUCUGCAUUGGACAACAAUGUAUUACAUUCCAAAGACUCCAGGGGAAGUGUGUGUGUGUGUGUGCGUGUGUAUGAGAGAGAGAGAUGUUGCAUUUGGGGGUUGGAGUAUGUUUAACUUAGGUAUGUGUGAUCUAAGGAGGCGCAAAAAAUGAUCACUAACCAGUGUUUAAACGGAUAGCUUUAAUUUGAACUUCAUCGCCAAGUCAUCGAUUCUCAUUGUGUGUCUGGAUAUUUAAGUGUCCCCAUGAUUCUGCCUCUAAUUUUACGAGUGUGUGUGAGAGAGAAAGGCUAUCUUGUACAAUCCACUGUAUGAGGUAAAUGUACAUAUUUACUCAAGCAAGGUCCAUUUCUACAAAUGUCCAGUUUGAGCUCUCCUUUGCAGACAGGUGGCGUCACACCCCUGUGAACUGGUUUAAAGAUGGAUAUCAUGGGAGCACAGUUUGUAGGCGACAGGGGCGUGUCCGUUUUUAUUCUCUCAACUAAUGACUGAGUGUGUCUUUUGUCACUUUUUACUGUACAAAAGAGAGCGAGCGAGUGAGUGUGUGUUUGUAUACGCACUAGUUAUAUCAUGGUGCUAUGAAAGACCUUGUCAGUCUUGAGUCAGAAUCAGGGACAUGUGGUGUGUGUGUGUGUGGGAGAAAGAGAUUGUGUUUUUUUUACAUAUCGGACGACAGAUGUUCAUCGAGUCAAUUCACUUUUACACUAAGUUGUUGCGGUUCCGUCAUUUCACUAACGGUGGUCACGUUUCAGAAUCAACACUCGUGUUAAUGUCUCUCAUCAGAGGGAUGUGGCUAAUGUUGACAGCAGUGGGUUCAGGUCUGAGGAGUGUACAGAGCUGAGGAUUAUUAUAUCACAGUGAGGACCACAUGGACUGAAAUUAAGUUCUUAAGGUGUUCUUGUGGUUCCCCUUUUUUUUUUUUUUUUUUUUUUCCUGCCAGUGUGUAGGCAUAUAGACAUGUAUUUAUUCAGGCUUUCGGUUGUGUGUUUGUGAUUCCCUCUUCUUGUUUGAUGUGCAUCAGUUGCUCGUUACCCAGUGAGGUAAGGAUGGGAAGAUGGACUCUGUAGAGACAUGUAGCCCCAAAAAAACAGAAGGAAGGGGGAGAAAAGAAACAAAAAAAUAUAAACAAAACUCUACUUUUGUUAAAGAAGAGUAACGUGAUUCAGCAACUAAUCUGUCUUGCUGAGUCAGUACAGUUUUGCCAUUUGUAAAAUGACCCAGACAAGUAGCCAGGAGGUGAUAGUUUUCUCCAAACAGGGUGUUGGACUCCGCUGCAUAUCCUUUUUUUUUGCAUCUACAUUAUAAUAUACAGCUCCUGGACAUGAUGUCCUGUUAUCACAUGUAAUAACAGUUUGGCGGCAUGUUGCACUACAUCAAACGGUGGAUGCUGUUUCUUAGACACAGGGUGCAGAGAAAAGGUUUGACACGUGUUUCUAGUACAAUCAGGAGUAAAUACUACAUGUGUAAAAGCUGCUGUGGCUCACAGUUUAUUUUCUUUCUUUCUUUUUGAUAGUGAGGAUAACUGAUGUUUAAACUACUGUGUCCCCUCUUAGAAUCAAGACAAAUCAGUAUGACACAAGAAAAAAAAAAAAGAGGCUGCGAAUGACAACUAGAGAUGCCAAUAUGUGCAGUAAAUGUCCACCAUUUCUUUGUUUUUCUUUCUUGCAUUCUUUUCUUUUCAACUAUGAUUAUUAAGAUGUAAGAAUACUGUAGUAUUAUAAGUGAACCAUUCUUCCUUGCUAGGCAUAGAACUUGCUUGUGAUUGAUAAUGGCAAUGUAUAACUUGUACAAAAGCAAAAUAAUUAAAACUUUUGAAAAAUGAAAAAAAAAAAGUAAAACUGUUACCAGUCAGAGGCCAAGGUACAGGACUCUCAUUUCUUUGUGUUUUUAUUUUUUUAUUAGCAAUUUAUCACUGUGUGAUAUUUUGUACAUCAUAUUAAGCUGUAUUCAAACUGUUUUCCUCUAACUACAAGCGAUAAGAGACCUGCCUUUUAUUAAUUUUGUCUUCUAUAUUUUUGAACUGCAUUCUAGCUUGUAUCGGAUGACUUUCCCUUUUUUUUGUUUACGGGUCCUUUUGUUGUAUGUCAUUAAGGAAGAAAAAAAAAUGAAGAUUUUUGUACAGUGA